AAUUAAUUAGACUGUUCUUAUUGGCAAUCCCAUCCCAGCAGAUAUUCUGAAAGCGAAUUCAUCAUCGACUUUUCCUUCUUCUCCAAAUCGAGAAAGUACGCAGCCGCCCGGUCAGGGAAGGGGGAGAUACCAUGCCGGUUCGCAAGAGAGCCAUCUCUGACGCUACUACAGCGACGAAGUCUUCGCCUGCACAAGAUCAGAAUCGAACUUCCGAAACCACGGCGAUCUCUUCCGAUCCUCCAAUUGCGCCAACCAAAGCUGUCAAAAUCUUAACCUUCUCUCUCAUCUUCUUCGUUCCUUACUUCUUCUUGAUUUUCUAUCAUUACAAUAUCGAUCACGACCUCAAGCGAUCUAUUCUCAUCAAUGCAAUCCUCAGCUCUGGCGGAUUCGUUUUAACCUUGCUUAUGAUUCCCGUCGCAUCUCGUUACGUCUUGAGACGGAAUCUGUUUGGUUUUGAUAUCAACAAAAAAGGAACGCCCCAAGGCUCAAUUAAAGUGCCUGAAUCCUUAGGCAUUGUCGUUGGAAUUGUUUUCUUAGUCGUCACUAUCAUUUUUCAGUAUUUCAAUUUAACUGCUGACUCAAUUUGGCUUGUUGAGUACAAUGCAGCUCUGGCAUCCAUCUGCUUCAUGACAUUGCUUGGAUUUGUAGAUGAUGUUCUAGAUAUUCCUUGGAGAGUGAAACUCUUGUUGCCAUCAAUAGCUGCUCUUCCUCUUUUAAUGGCUUAUGCUGGACAUACAACUAUUCUUAUACCCAAGCCCAUUGUUCCCUACGUUGGACAUGAGAUUCUGGAUCUAGGGUGUAUAUACAAGUUAUAUAUGUGGCUGUUGGCAAUAUUUUGCACCAACUCUAUCAAUAUCCAUGCUGGCAUAAAUGGCCUUGAAGUUGGGCAAACGGUUGUUAUUGCAUCUGCUAUAUUGAUACACAAUGUUAUGCAAAUUGGAUUCUCUUCUGAUUCUGAGUACAAACAAGCACAUCUGUUUUCUAUCUACCUUGUUCAGCCAUUACUAGCAACUUCCUUGGCUUUACUUUCUUUCAACUGGUAUCCUUCGUCAGUUUUUGUGGGUGACACUUAUACAUACUUUGCUGGAAUGACAAUGGCUGUAGCUGGGAUUCUCGGUCACUUUAGUGAAACUCUUUUGAUAUUCUUCGCACCACAAGUUCUGAACUUUCUAUUAUCAGUUCCUCAGCUGUCGGGUUAUAUUCCUUGUCCACGUCAUCGACUACCUAAGUUCGAUCCUCAGACAGGGCUGUUGACUGGGACAAAAGAUGGGACAGUUGUUAACGUCUCCUUGAGAGUUCUUGGCCGAAAAUCAGAGCAGUCACUUUGUGUUGUUUUACUAGCUUUUCAGGCUAUCUGCUGCUGCUUAUGUUUUAUACUGAGGUGGUUUAUCACUGGAUGGUACAAGUAAGUUAUAAGUAAGGCUAUGGUUAUGGUUCGGAUAGAUAAAAACAUAGAAUCGAUACAAUGUUUUGUGGAGGGAGAUAAUGUUAGUUUAAGUGAUGAAUUUCUUUAAGCCUUCUUUCCCAUGGAGUACCAGAUUUGUAAAUUACUAUUUUGACAUUAUAUAUAUAUUUUAUCAUACUACUUUUGCUUUUCUAACA